GUAAACCAGCUAAAUUAGCAAAAUCGGAAAAGUUAUUAUCAGGGUUUGUUUGUACUAUUGGACCAAAUCCGGAGAUAUACAUAGUGUAGGGACCAAAAGGUAAAAUUUCAAGAUCGUAUUUGAUACUGGAUAAGUAUAUGAGGACCAAAAUUAAAAUUUCCCAAUCUAAUUUGAAAAACCAACUUGGUAGGCGAACCCAAUUUUGAAAUGAAUCUUCUUCCGCCAAGUUUUUGACAGUUGACCACCACUUUCCCUCUCUCCCUCGGCUCUGAGAAAAUUUGAGAUAGAAUUUGUAUAUCUCCAUGCCAAGGCGUAGAGGAAAACCUCGUGCAAAACGUGAGGUUGAAAAGGAUGCUAAUCAAGAGGAACAUCAAGUGGAAAAGGAAGAUGAUAUAUUCAAGCAGGAAGCUGAACGUCAAAGUGCUGCUAUCAGGGCUAUUCGUGAUGUGGAGAUUGAACAGUUAAAAACUAUGAUGCAAUUGCUACGAUCAAAUUUUAGUAAUGAACAACUUCAAGUUCCAGUAAUGCAAUUUUUUGAGGAAAAGUUUCCAAACCUGGUUAUUGUAAGGAAGGAGAAACAUGGCCAGUCUGAAGUGCAAUGGAAAGACGAUGAUGAUAAUUUAAGCAUGGACCAGUUCGAUGGAAAGAAUCUACAUGCUUCUCUUCUUCAUAAACUGUCCACAGUGUAUCCUGAUUGCUCCAGUGCCAUGCCAUUAUUUGGUGGAUUUGAAUUCUCAAAUAGAUCUGUUAAAACAGCCCUUUGUGGUGCCGAAAAUCUGCAGAUCAAGGGAUUUGUCUUGGAAGAGCCAUCUGAUACCCAAAUGCUCGAUCUGGCGGAUACUAUUCAGACACCUGGUGCAUAUAGUAGCAGAUUGUCUGUUGGGAUGACUCCCAAAACUUUAAGGCUGCCUAAGCCUGGAGAAAUGCUUCUAUCUGUCCACGGCUCUCCUCUUGGUGUUUACAAAGAAGACAACAUGGAAGCAAUACAUGAGUCGGAAGAUGGAGGAAAUGACUCCGCGUAAUCUUUGUAAUGUCUGAAACUUUUCAUCAAGACUGACCCGUGCUCUUAAUGUUAUUGAGAGUGUUCAUAAAGCUCUUUGCCAGCCACCUUUUAACUUGUUCCAUUUCUUUUUCUGUAUUCUCUUUUCCCCUUCCCUUUGCUCGGCUAGAGGCUGGCAGGGUUCGUCUGACUACUUUCGGGAAGCUAUGCAGCUGGAAAAGUGGUGCUCUUUGUACAUAAUUUUGUAAGAGCAGACAAGAUCUUUAGAUUAUAGAUGCUCAAGUUCUUUAA